AUGCACAGCAGGGACUGUGUUAAAGUGGCCGUCAGAGUCCGCCCGUUCAACAAGAGGGAGCGUGACGCGGGCAGCCGCUGCAUCAUCGCCAUGGCGGCGAGCUCUAUCAGCAUCCAGGACCCACGUGACCCUCAGUGCCGCCGAUCCUUCUGUUUCGACUAUGCAUAUUGGUCCCACAGUGGUUACGUCAUCGAUGACCGCACAGGCCUCUACCUGCCUGAGGAGGCAGGGGGGCGCUAUGCAGACCAGGAAUGUGUGUUCCAGGACCUUGGAGAAGGAAUUUUGGAAAAUGCACUUCAGGGAUACAACUCUACUCUUCUGGCCUAUGGACAGACAGGCUCUGGGAAGAGUUACUCCAUGGUGGGCUACAAGCCCAAUAAAGGUCUGGUUCCCAAACUUUGUGAGCGACUCUUUGAGGCCAGUAAAGAAAACCAGGAUACCAGACAAUGCCAGGGAAGUAUAUGUAUAUGUGUCUUCUUCAGUAUGUUGGAAAUCUACAAUGAGCAGGUGGUAGACCUGCUGUCUCGUGGUUCUCGUCCUCCUGGGGGCCUCCGUGUCCGAGAGGAGCAGCACAGGGGCUUUUAUGUGGAGGGUCUGCGUACAGUUCCAUGUGACAGUGCAGCACAGAUUGAGCAGCUGAUGGAGCAGGGAACCAGAACCAGAACUACAGCUGCUACACUCAUGAAUGCUAACAGUAGCCGCUCACACAUGCUUAUUGUACUGCAGCUCAAACAGAUCUUGUCUAAAGAGAGCGUCACUAAACAAUCCAACAUCAACCUGGUGGAUCUGGCAGGAAGUGAGCGUCAGAGGUCAGCAUCAUCCGAGGCGGACCGUCUCAAGGAGGGCACGGCCAUCAACCUCAGCCUCACCACUCUGGGCAACGUCAUCAGCGCUCUUGCUGACAUGGCAGUGGGAAGGAAGGUGGUGCAUGUUCCAUACAGAGAUUCAGUUCUUACUAAACUACUGCAGUCGGCUUUGGGAGGAAACAGCCGUACUGUUAUGAUUGCCACACUAAGCCCUGCUGACAUCUGCUAUGAAGAAUCUCUGUCUACACUGCGUUAUGCAGAGAGGGCAAAGCACAUCCAGAACCGUCCUGUAGUGAACGAGAGCCCAACUGAGCGUCUGGUCAAAGAACUCAAGGCGGAGAAUGCCAGACUCAUGCAACGACUGAGUCGGCUGGGCCAGGAUGGACGCAGUGCCAAUGAUGAAACCAAGGAGAUCCGUCAGCUACUGACACACAAUGAGCUUCAGAUCAGAACCAUUCACACUUUGUGGGAGCAACAUCUGCAGGAGGCGCUUAAGGACUGGGAGCAACAGUAUGCCAACAUCACACAGGAGAGGAGAAUGAUGCAGAUGCACCCUUACAUCUUGAACAUCAAUGAAGAUGCUCAACUGUCUGGUGUCGUCAAGCUUUUCAUCCCGGAAGGUGAAUGGGACAUUGGCAUCAACGAAGGCACUUCUAGAUCCAUCUCCAUCAAGGGUUUAGGGAUUCAGCAGCGCCACGCUGUUUUGAAGAACGAACAGAGACAUGUAACGCUAACCCCUCUAAAGGGGUCUAAGGUGACCAUCAAUGGAAGAGUUGUUUCUCAGACCACUGAGCUGCAACACCUGGACCGAGUCAUUCUCGGUUCCAACUGCACUUACCUUUAUAUCGGCUUCCCAUCUGAGAGGGGUGCUAAUGACUGGAGUCGCUACGACUAUGACUACUUCCUGUCUGAGCUGGCUGAAGCUGAGGGUAUUCACCUGGGUGAAAACAGCACUGAUUCCUGUCAGACGGAUCCAAGUCUGCUGGCCGUCUUUUACGAUUACAUCAGAUUGAUGCCCUUGGUGGCUGAAGCCAACCAGAUGAGUCAAGAACUAAAUAAGGGUGUAGAAUUUAAACUCGAGAUUAAGAAUCUGGUUCUGUCAGACUCAAAAGGACAUGACCUGGAGAAGGAGAUUGUUUGCAGAGUUACCUCAACGCACAGCAAACAGGUAUGGGUGUGGUCCAAGGCCAAGUUUGUGAACCGCAAAUUCCUGAUGGAAGAAAUUUACCAGAAACAUCUGGAGGAAAUGAAAGGACAAAAUACAGAAGAGGGCCUUUCCACUGCUGCCCUGCCCAGAGAGAAAGACCCUUUUUGGGAUCCGGUAGAACCACUGCUCCUUGGAACUGCACACCUCUGGCUUCAGUCUCUGGCCUUCCGCAUCCCUGUAGACGAGCAACUGGAGGUGCUUGGGUCUGAAGGUAGUGAGGAGGCCAUUCUACAAGCAAAACUGAUUCCUUGCACUCCUGAUGGAUUACCUCUGGGUGAAGAUGAAAUCCUCAUUGAACCGUCCGAGUUACUCGGCCGGCGACUUGACGUCCAGCUGGUUUUGGAACAAUGUUUUGGUCUGCACUGGAUCAGAGAGUCUCGCGACCGAGGCAUUCAGAUUGGUUUCCAUUUGUUCGACAGUGCAAGUCGUGUGUACACAGCUGCCGCAUGGCGCCACGUUAACCCCAUGCUACGCCACACAGUGCACUUUGCGUCCCUUAACGUCUCCCAGCAGCUACUAGACUACCUUCAGACCAGCGCUGUGCUCCUGGAGCUUUGGGGGCUUCAAGAGGGCUGCGCUAGCCUGGUGUCACCUUUGGAGAGAGCAAGAGGAAACACAGAAGGCAUCUUCAUCAUCGAUUUGAAUGGCAUGGCUGAUACGAAUCCUGCAGAUUGCUUAGAGCCAAACAGUUCACUGAGCAGACUUCAGAGGGAUCUUGAAGAGCAGAAAAGAGUCAACAACACUUUAAUGAAGGAGAACCAGCGUUUAAGAACACAGCUUAACGCGUCUCCCGUAGGUGGCGACAGUACGCGAAGUCGCUCGGUUCGCCCCAGUUGCGACGCCGAGUUCGCACGCUCGCUGAAGCGGUUCUACCACAGUAUGACCUCGGUCAGGGCUCAGCUGCAGAGUCUGCAAAGACGCAGGCCUUGCGAGUCCUGUGACCUGCUGGGACUGCGCCUCUUUGUGGAUGAGCAUAGCGGGAUGCUGAAGGACUUCUCGGAGAAUCUGGAACAAAGCGUAUCCGCCCUCAAACACGAUGUUGCUACCAUCGUUCGACGCAAGCGGGAAAGACUGGGAACCUGGUCAUGA